AGAUGAAUGAAUAAGAUGAUGAAAUGCUAGUUGAAGAGAUUCUAUGUUGUUAAAAUGAUGAUGAUAUAAAAAGUUUAGUUGAUUCUUAGUGUUUGGAUAUAAUUGGGAACUCUUUAUAAGAUUAGUUAAAUUUGGCACAUAAACAACUUUUUCGAGUGAUUAGAAUAUUUAGAGAAUUUUUGAAUUAAAGUCCAAAUCAAUAUUGGGAUUAAAGAACAAAGAAAGAACAGAAUUAAGUUUUAUAAUAGAAUUACUUGAUGAUUCAUCAUGAGUUGUAACGAGAAAAAAAUAAAGUAAAAUAAAUAGAGGAAGUGAAUAGAUAAAUGAAAUUAUAAAUAAAAUUAUAUGAAGGAGAUUAUGAAACAAUGAGAUAAUAAAGUUUUGAGGAUAUAAAGAAAGUGGAAGAUUAAUUAGUUAAAACAAAUAACUAAAUUUCUCUAUAUAAAAAUUCACUGAUUCAAAAGUUUUGUGUAAUAUGUCUAUAAAAGGAAUAUUGUAUAGUAUUGAAACCUUGUGGACAUGUUUGUGUGUGUGAAGAGUGUUCAAAAAAGAUAGAUCAUUGUCCUAUUGAUAGAGUUAAAAUUUAAAAAAUGAAGAAAGUUUACUUAUCAUGA